CUGUAAGCACAUUUAUAUAGGAUGUGGUGUAGAAUUUCUAUGAAUCUGUUGUUCUUGUGUAGUUUGUGUUGAAAAUAAGAGGGUGUGAUUAUCAGAAACGGUGAAGGAAAGUGGCGACAUGACAACCCCUCAGCCGACUUUUCCGGACACCCUCGCCGGAUUCGGAUAUACGUUCAAAGACGGGAAGCUAAAGAACAUACAGACUGGAGGACCAUUCGUGUUUGCCGUCCGCCCAGAUGACAACGAUUACAACCAGAAGCAUUAUGAGGCUUUGGGAGAGCUCGUACAGCAAGAGGUAUACAAACUCGUCAAAAAAGAGAGCGGGAUGCAAAAAGCCCCGGUCCCUCUGAACAGCCAGCCAGGCGACCCCCAGACCUUCGUGUUCCUGUCGAGGGACUUCAUGGCCAACGAGCACAAGGUCUUGGUGCUCAUCCAGGGGAGCGGCGCCGUCAGGGCAGGACAGUGGUCGCGGAAGCUGACCAUCAACGAGGGCAUCGAAGCGGGAACCCAGAUCCCAUACAUGCAACUUGCACAAAGAGACGGCUAUGGUGUCCUGGUGAUGAAUCCCAAUGACAAUUCUCAGAUCGUUGGAACCCAGAGACAGAGCAUAAAGACGUCAUUAUUCGAACACAAGACAUGGUUCUUUCAGCUGACCAUCAACGAGGGCAUCGAAGCGGGAACCCAGAUCCCAUACAUGCAACUUGCACAAAGAGACGGCUAUGGUGUCCUGGUGAUGAAUCCCAAUGAUAAUUCUCAGGUCGUUGGGAACCAGAGACAGAGCAUAAAGCUUCUUAAUGGGAGUUGUUAUGGAAUUCUCUCGCCUGUCCUCGCCGCCAGUGCUCCGUUAGCCUCGGGCGUGGAGUUUGACAAAUAUAAAGACGACUUCAAACUGCGUGUGAUUGGCGUGGCUUUGACGAGCUCGACCCACAAGAUCGCCGACGGCACAGGGUACAAUGACCUGAUUAAGAUCUCCCGACACUGGCAAACGAGUGACCAGCCGCUGGACACGGAGCUGCAAACCGAGGAAAAUGAAAUAAAAAGGGUGUCAGCUGGAUCAAACACACACGAAGCGACAUCGCAAGCAUGCAUGGAGAGUGUCUUCAAGUUUUUCGAAGAGCGGUACCGGGCAGUUCUUGAGGGUUAAGUGCACUGGCUGGCGAAGUCGGUGGUGAUUUGGCUGACGAGAUGGCUGACGAUGGUGAGGAGGAAGAGGAAGAGGAGGAAGAGGAAGGAGAGGAGGGACAGGGGGGACAGGAGGAAGAGGAGGGAAAGGAGGAAGGGGAGGGAGAGGAGGAAGAAUAAGGAGAGGAGGAAGAGGAGGGAAAGGAGGAAGGGGAGGGAGAGGACGAAGAGUAAGGAGAGGAGGAAGAGGAGGGAAAGGAGGAAGGGGAGGAGGAAUUUUCUUACUCCUCCUAUUUCUUGUUUUUCAUCCUUUUUAGUUACUUAUUGCACUUCUUAUUCUAUGUCUCCACUUCUCAUUCUGCUUCUUCUUCUUCGGUCUCUUUUCUCUUUCUACUCCUGCUGCCUCUUCCUUUUCUCCUGCUCAUUCUUCUUCUUAUGUCUCACUUUUCAGUAUGCCCUUUCUCCCUUUUUUCUCCUCUUCCUUUUUCUUCUUAUCAUAAUUUUCUACCUCUUCUUCUUCUUCUCCUUCUUUUUAAUUUUCUUCAAUACGAUUUCCACUGUUUAUCAAAGGAAUUCUAACUUCAUUUGUCAUUGUAAAAUCGCAAUAUUAAUUACUGACAUUACGUUUUUUUUUUAAUUGAUAUUAUAUCAGUUUGUAACAAUGUCUUAAUUCGGCCAUUGUUUGCGCCCAAUAUGGAGAUGGUAAAAAGUUAUAUUUUGCAAAGCCGAUAGUUAACAGUUUUCUAUUAAAUUGGUCUGUUUCAAACUAUGGAUAUAACUUUUUUUGUGAAGUAUUACUGUGUGUAUCUUAUUUUAUUGUCUAUUUAUCAAUGUACUGUGACAUUUUCUGCACUGCAGUUUCAUUUCAUAUCCGUGAGUUGAUAUGAAUAUACCAUAAAGCAUGAAUAAUCUUGCCUGUAAUGUAUUACGGUUUUCUGUCAUUACCUCUGACAAAGGAGCUUGUGUAAUAAAAGCUAAUUGCCUAA